AUGGCUAUUCACAGUUGUCGUCCUGUUCACUUCCACAAGAACGGGGAGGAAGGCAGUCAACAACAGCAACCACAACAACAGGAGCAGCAGCAGCCACAGAAUGACAAGCCCGCCGAGAAGAAGCCAGAAGAGGAGAAGAAAAAGGAUGGACCUCACUGGCUACAAUAUACUCAUCUCGAUGGGUAUUUCAACGGCUUGAGGACACUGGUGUCAAAGAAAGACUAUAUACCCGAGUACCCCAUUGAGGAUGUUCACUCCCCGCACACCAUCGCAGUUCCCAUCAGCCCUGAGGUGCCCGUACCAAGACCCUAUGUCCCUCAACCAGACUAUCAGUCCUCCAAGUACACUGACAAGUACUACCCUGUGCAUCAAUGUUACCUUGACAAGGAGAAGACUGUUCCUGUUCCAGACUCCUAUGCGUAUGACGGCGUUCCUCAAGGUGUAGCAGAGCCAGCUUUGGGAUCAUAUGACCUUCUGGGAAUUCGCGAUGAUGUCUGCUUUGAUCGGUUUGGCCGAUAUGGACCCUAUGGCUUGGGCUACAGCAAGCAGGAAGGCGGCACCGACGCCGGUAUCGACACUGAGAGUGAGGGCAAUGAACAUGUCUGGGCUAAGACUGGCAAGAUCAACUACCGGAAAGUCGACUGGGGCCAGGCUCAGGAGCAGUGCUAUGCAGCCAACAAAGAGCGCUUCAUUGAUGCCGACGAGAAGGAACUGGAGCAGUACGAGAAGGCAAGCAGUGGCAAGGCCGCUCAAUACCAGAUCUCGAAUGGCCAGAAAGAGAAGAAAGAACGGAUUGCGGUCGUCAUCCGCACAUACGUUGGCUUCAAGUGGACGCAGCACGCCAUCCUUAACUUUCGUGCCAUGAUUUCAGAACUCGCAUUGCGUUCAGGGGGCGAAUACGGCGUUCAUUUCCUCCUUCACGUCAAAGACAAUGACCAGCCUAUCUGGGCUGAUCCGGUCACCGCCCAGAAAAUUCUCAACGACAACGUCCCGACCGAGUUCCAUAGCAUGUGCACCUUGUGGUCUGUAGCGCAGAUGCGCCUCUUGUAUCCUGGCAAAUUCAGCAAGCCUUUCGAAAACCCAUCCAACGGCGAUAUUCACGGUGUGUAUCGGUCCGCCCACAUGCCGCUUCAGCACUUCGCCAUGGAGCAUCCAGAAUACGCUCAUUAUUGGAACUGGGAGAUGGACAUGCGGUACACUGGAAACUAUUAUGAGCUAUUUGACCGCCUCGGUGCUUGGGCUGCACAGCAAUCCCGCGUCCAGCUCUGGGAAAGGAGCCAGAAAUAUUACAUUCCCGGUUUCCAUGGCAGCUGGUCCAACUUCACAGAGAUUGUGGAGGCUGAGACUGAGGCUUCGGGCCGCCAAGCCAUCCUAGGCCCUAUCGUGUUCCCAGGCCGUCAGUCAUUGCGUUCUGAAGAACAUGGUUACAGCUUUGUGCCUGACACUUGCGCCCGGGGAAGCGACUUGUCAAAGUGUGGCGUAGGUGAAGAUGCUGAUCUGAUCACACUGAACCCCAUCUUCGACACAGACGAGUCUGGAUGGGUCUUCGCAAAGGAUGCGAGCGGCUACGACCUUGGCCUCCCGACACCUCCAAGACGGUGUGCCAUUGUCACCGCUUCUCGCCUUUCUCGGCGUCUUCUGAUGGUCAUGCAUGAGGAGACCUGGAGGAUGCAUCACGCCAUGUUCUCAGAGAUGUUCCCCGCAUCAAUGGCGCUGCAUCACGGCCUCAAGGCCACCUACGCACCGCACCCGGUCUUCCUCGACCGCAGGUGGGAGCUCGAGGAGGUGGACAGGGCAUUCAACGGCGGCCGUGACGGCUCUACGAGUGGCCACGGCAGCCCCUAUGACCUGCGAAACGAGCACAACCAUAAGGGCACCAGCUGGUACUACAACAGCGAGUUUGCUGCCCUGCUGUGGCGCCGCUGGCUGGGCUACUCGCAGAUGGACGGCCGCGGUACUGGCGGUGGCCGCGCUGGCGAGGGCAAUCUGCGCGGUGGUCUUGAGGAAGAGAGCGACCCCAAUAGCACCGGCCGUAUGUGCCUACGCAGCAUGCUGGUGCAUCCCAUCAAGUGGGAGAAUCCUGCAGAGCGAUAG